AUGCCCUCCCACGCUGGUUACGAGCCCAUCGCGGGCGACGACGAUGCCGACAUUUCCCGCCCUUCUCUUGACUCUCAAGACGGCUCAGUAACUGGGCGGCGGCGGCGUGGACCGAGUGUUGACCUCAAAGGUUUGGAUACCGCGUUCAAGAGAUGGACAGAGACUAUAGCACAAAGGGUGAAGAUCAACAGGAGAAAAAAGCUGGAAAUUCAACCGGAGAAACGAGAAAUUGUGUUCAGUGUAUUUCAGCCGGCACACGGGAGGCUUCCACCGCCUCCGACGAAAACUCUGGACCAUCAACCUCCGAUCACUCAUGAGGAAUUCGAACGAAUUGCUCAGUCUGUCCGAGCCGCUAUUUUUGAAGGGAUUCAUCCCAAGAUGAUAUCCAAAGGCUCUUCGGGGAGCUACUACGCGCGAGUACGCGAUCCAGAUACAGGUCAAAUUAAGACGAUUGGCGUAUUCAAACCCAAGGAUGAAGAGUGCCCGACAGACUUGAAAUUCCCGAACCAUGCGAAACCCCAAGUUUCAGAAAUGGGUACACAGGACUUUCUUCUGGUGGAUAGGUGCGUAGGGUCAUUCUCACAACAAGAGGCGCGCUCAUCGACAAUCUUAGGCUUUGGACGAAGUUGCCUGAUUCCUAACCUCAGCUAUAUUUCUGAAGCUGGAGCAUCUCUUCUGGAUACCCGACUAAGUCUGCACAUCGUACCACACACCGAACUUGCAUCAUUUGCAUCACCGGCAUUUUUCUAUGAUUGGAUAGAUAGAAGUGCGGCUAAGAAGGGCAAAGCGCUACCCGAGAAAAUUGGGAGCCUUCAGCUGUUUACUCAUGGAUUCACAGAUGCAUCUGACUUUCUGCGCAAGCAUCCCUGGCCCGGUCGUUCGAUCGCCGAUACCUGGAACGAGGACGAUCACCGACAAGGUCGGCACAGCAAACGUUGCUUCAACGCACUGGGCGUUCUUUGCGGGAAAGCAGGCGGAGAUUAUGAUGACUAUGAUGAUAUGGAUUACGACCAAAACCUCCAUGCGACAACGAACACUUCGACACGGGCGGGGGGGAGCUUUGUUUGGACGCCGGCGUUGCAACAGAGCUUCAGAGAAGAACUAGAGAAACUCAUUAUCCUUGAUUAUUUAAUGCGCAAUACUGAUCGCGGACUUGAUAAUUUUAUGAUCAAAUAUUGUGAAGGGGCACACGAGAAACAAAUUGUGGAUACGGCACCAACUCGCCUUCCCAUGAUGUCGGAGCUUAAACAGUCAGGCGCUCCAUCCCAUGUGCCUCAUAACACACCUGGCACGGAGUCAACGGCGUCACCGUACAGUCGUCCUCAUAUUCAUAUUGCAGCCAUAGACAACAGUCUAUCGUUUCCCCACCAUCAUCCGAAGGGAUGGAGGUCUUAUACGUAUGGGUGGCUAUUCCUGCCCGUCUCGUUGAUAGGUAGACCCUUCAGCGAGAAGACAAGGAACCACUUCCUACCAUUGUUGUCAUCAUCAGAAUGGUGGGCAGAGACGACUUUUCAACUAAGAAAAUUGUUUUCCUUGGAUCCCGAUUUCAAUCAGAGGAUGUUUGAUAGGCAAAUGGCGGUUUUGAAAGGACAAGGCUGGAACAUUGUUCAAUCCUUAAAGCGUGAUGAAGAAGGUCCUUUGGAACUAACACGUCGAGUCAAAGUCCUGGUUUGGGACGACGAAGUUGAGGUUAUUAAUGAGACGGUAGACGCGGAAGAUGGUGGGGCGGCACCCCUCCCAGCCCAAAGCCCUAAAUCUCCUCGGUCCCCCGUGGUAGCUCCAACGCGACAGAGUGUCUCCCCAUUAUCUUUUGCGAUGCCACGGCGCCGAAGAAGUCGGAGCAUUUCAGACUUUCCGCCACCUAGACCACGCGCACCGGUGCCAUUCACACAAGCAGUUGGGACUUCCAGCGGAGAAACUAGUGGGGUUGCCAUACUAGCCCAAUUAGAGAAGCUUGACGAGGUAUCCAGUGGAAGAGAAGAUGCGGUGGCCACAGAAGAGGUAGAAAUUACUACGACAGAUGUUUUCAGAUCGGACCAAGCAUCGGACAAGAACCCGGAUGCGGUAUUGAGUAGGCCUGGACCAUCAAGAAUUUCGCCUGUUCCAGAACACGAUGAAGGGGAAACGGCUCUUCCCCCUCCGCAUCCUUCCCGCAUUGCUUCGGACCCAAUCCCACUCGUACAGGAAGAUCUAGAUGGAGAAGACGACGAAGUAAACCCUAUGAUGUUUAGUUCGGUCACCUCAUUGGGCGACAAUACGCCAAUUCCACCUUCGAUGACACGGAGCGCGACUGCAGCUCAAGGACCACGGCCGUCCUUAGAGGGUAGACGUUGGCCGAGUUUUGGGGCCAUUGGAAAGCGUGGACAAAGGCUCAGCUUGGAUACUGCAACUGCAACAGACGUGGUAUCUGGUAAAACUAGAACUGUCAUACGCGAGCGUCUACAAACUGUCGACUCCAAGGCUUUCUUCCAGAACUGGUAA